GAAAGGUAUCGGAUGAUGUUAUAAAAUAUUGUAACAGCUCAACUAUCUGAAGCACAAAUACAAAAGUUAGCUCGAGAACAAAAUUGCUUUCGAAGACUAGUGAAAUGGGUUUGUCAGUUAAGAACGGUUACGAGGAACACGUAUCCGAUCUUGAACAGUCUUCUUGAACGCAUCGGAAGGAGGGAUUUAAUCGCGUGUCUCGCAGAACUCAGCAUGAAAACUUCCAAGUCACCGAAAGUAAUUCGCGAAGCUCAAGCGGACGAUUUGGACGAAUACGAAGGAGUCGCGACAACAGCCACGCUGAAAGAGAAAGAUAGUAAUACAGAACCUCAACUCUCGGAGCAGAUGAUUCAGAAGAUCAGUGGACGUACUACUAUCAAACUGUCGUUGCACAGCGCAGGCAUCGUUCUCGCUUCAAUCAUAGUCGUAUCUUGUUUAUGUACUUUACUUAUAAGGAACAGACUGAUGAAACUAUUCGAUAGAAUACGAGGGAAGAAGAAAAAAGGUAAAUUUAUCGCAAUCGGAGAUGACAUAGAGGAUGUGUCUAGAAGUUACUUCAUUCGAAAGCCACGAAUAAAAAGGAAACGACCUCCGUCGUACGAAUUGGUGCACACAGCCACGCAAAACUCCGUGCCACCUCCAUCUGUACCACAGGAACCGGAAGAACCAGAGCCGAUGGCUUGUUACAGAUGUUACAAGAAGAAACGGAAGAAAAGCACCAAAAGACCGAAGAGAUGA